UUCCCCUAAAACCCUAGAAACUCCAUGACGCCCAUUUCGAAAUCUCUCUGCACCAUUCUUUGCCGCCGUUUCAGCUCCCUCCCGAAGACGACGACCCUCUCUAAAAUCCCUCAGAAGCACCGGCGGCGGGCGGUCAAAGAAGCUCAACAAGUUCUCACAGAAUAUCUCCACGCCACCAAGUCUCUUCCUUUCACCUAUGCGGAGCACAUUAGCAAGAACUCCACCGUCUCCCUCUCCAAUCUCAUGGCCAACGUCGAGUACUCUGCAUCUGACUUCUCUAAGUCCCUGCGCAAGUUCCUCAGGUACCACCCAAUUAACGAGCUCGAGUUCUUCUACGAAAGCCUUGGCAUUGGCUACGAUGAGGUUCGCGGGUUUCUGCCCGCGGAUAAGUUCUUCUUCUCUGAGGAUGGCAGUGCUUUGGCAGUUGCUUGCGGGCUUUCUGGUUUUGGGUUUCCGUGGAACAAGUUGGGCAAGCUGUACAAAGAGGAAGGUGCUAUUUUUACCAAGUCGCCUGAGGAGAUUACAUCGAGGCUGCACGGUUUCAAGGAUUACGGGUUUGGUAAUACUUCCGUGAUUGGUAUCUGUUUGGCUUUCCCUUUUGUCCUGAAUGGUCAACCGGUUGAGGAGAUUGAUGCUUUGUUUAAAGAUUUGAAGAUGCUUUUCAUGGAUUUUGAUUUAGCCAGCCACGUUGAAGGAAAUUUGGAUGCUUGGUACGAGAUGUGUAGAAAACUUAAGGUGUUCUAUGAUUUAGGCUGUGAGAAGGGAAGGGUCGGUGAUUUGAUGGGCAGGAGUAAAAAGUUUUUUAUAGAUGUGCAAGAACAAGUUUUGGCAGACAAGAUACGGUUUUUUACUAGGCUUGGUGUUGGAAAGAUGGAUGUGGCUUUGUUGCUUCUGGAAAAACCAGAACUCUUGGUUUUCGACCUAGGGGCACGAAUGUUUUCCAUCAUGGGAUUGUUGAGACAUUUUGGAUUGAGUACCCUACAACUGGCUUUUGUUUCUGAACAGUAUCCGCAUGCAUUGGGAAGGAACAAAAUGGCCAAUCUCCCUCAUGUGAUGCGAGCCAUGGAUUUGCAUACUUGGUUUUUUGACAGGCUGAAAAAUGGAGAUCAUCACUUGUUGGGUAGUUAUGCUAUGACUGAUCCAGCUGAAGAUUUGGAUAAAGAGUUUGCUGAUGGCUUGGAGAGGAUCAAAGUGUCGAGAACACCUGUGCAUACCAUGAGUAAAUUGGAUUUCCUGCAUGGAAUUGGGUUCGGGGAGAAUUCCUUGACGAUGGAAGUUAUAACUUUUGUGCACGGUACAAAAAUUGAGCUGCAGGAGCGAUUCGAUUGCCUACUAAAUGCAGGGAUUGAAUUCCCCAAGCUUUGCCAGAUUAUCAGAAUCAUGCCAAAGAUUCUGAACCAAAACCCUGAAAUAAUUGAACAGAAACUUAACUACCUCUGCAAUGAGAUGGGGAGCUCUUUGCAGUAUCUUGAUGCUUUCCCUGCAUUUUUGAACUUCAACUUAGAGAAGCGGAUUAAACCAAGAUUCAGAUUCCACAUGUGGCUCAUGGAAAAGGGUUUGGGUUCCAAAAACUAUUCUAUUGCGAGUAUAGUUGCAACCAGUGAGAAGAAUUUCAUACAUCGUUUACAUGGAAUUCACCCAGCCGUUCCAAAGUAUUGGUUCGAGCAUUCUACAGCCAAUGAACUUGCUAACAUCUGAAAUAUAUAAGAAAAGGUAUGUAUGUAAUGGGCGUAGGAAUUCAUUUUUUUAUAUUUAAGUGCCAUGGAUAUACACGGAUGUUUGUGGAAUGGUACUUCUCUUCCAGAUUAUUUGGAUAUUGGUAUUGACUUGUACUAUAUACUGUAACUAGCAUGGCCUAAAGAGCUGCUGUUAUAAUCUUGUUUAAGUAGAUAUUUUGACAUUUGGUAAUUGUGAGUGGUGGUCUUUUUAGUAUGGAUAUUUUGCACCUUAAAGAAGUACCAGCUACACACAUUUCUGUAACUUGAGAAACAGACGAAGAUUUUACUUAAUAGUGUGCACUGCUGAUAAAGGAAAAGUAGAACAGGAUCUCUCUCUCUCUCUCUCUGCACAUUGGAUAUAUUUUUCUUUUAGGUACAUUUUACUCUUGAAGCUAGAUUCUUUGAAGGAAGCCGUUGAAGCACGUCUCAUUGUUUGGUGAAUGAAGAGAUAAAUUAUGUCCAUUCAGGUGACGUAGUAAAACAGUGGGUUAAUCAGCUUGUACUUCUUACGGUUGGCACCCCACUGGAUACGGAUUCUCAUUCCAUAGUCAGGUCUGAACUUUCUAUUUCUGCAGCCCAUUUUUCCAACUUUUAACUAUAAUUGUCUUACGCUUUUAUGCUAGUCGAUUACAUAUAACCGUCUCCUGUUUUCAUUGGUUUUCUUGGCUGCUAUGGCUUCUCUACUCUUUAAGAAUGGGCUCUUAACAGCCGAGUUUCCAUUUCUGGGAAUUCAAGCUUCUAUGCAUCUGAAGUCCAGGCCUUGCUUUCUGCAGACAACAGCAGUUGACAGAGCAGAACCCUCUCCAAUUGUGGCUGCUACUGUGGUUUUGGAAAUUCGCCCAUUGUUUGUCCAUUGCUAUGCAUCUGGAUGGUGCUGGAGAUCAUGCUGCUGAGUUGACCAUUCUGAUUUUACCUUGUCAUUUCCAUACUGAAAUGGGUAUGGAAAGCUUAAAGCUGGUUACAUAUGAUUUGGCACUGGCAAAGACCAAUGAUUAUGCAGCAGCUGGAUAUGCAGAGUUACGCAAAUGGCUUUUGUAUAUUGGAAGUCGCCUAAACUGUCAGUAUCAGGGAUCCUCUUAUUCAUUCUCCUUCCUGUCUAAACAAAGGAUUGGAAGGGGAAAACUCAAGAGUUUAAUUCUAUUCUAUUCUUUUAGUAUAUAAAAGCUGGUUACGUUUUUUUCUCUCUCUCGUAAUAUCUAAAUCUAAAAAAUAUUAAAGCAUUUUCAGAUUCCCACCCCAUCCGAGUAAGCCUUCCUCAACGCACAAUUAUCCACGUCAGCCCUUUAAAAGUUUCCUUCCAUCUCUUUCACGAGAAAAGAAACCAGUACCCCAUCCCUUUUCCCCUUAACUAAACCCCAAAAGUUCCUUUCUCCCCAAAUCAACAACGAUUCAUCCCCAGAUUUCACUUUCCCUUCCGCGACCGUUACCAAUAACUACCCCCUCAUCCAACCCUUCAAUUUCACGGUCUUGGCAAAGGCGCUCAGAUUGUCCGCCAUCGACACGAUGGUUGGCGGCACAUCAGCGGCAUAAAGAACGACCGGAUGGCGGUAAUGAAGCGACACAGGAGCAGGCAGUAGAGCAUGUGUCGACAGAGGAAGAGGAGGAAUAAAUUGCGAUUCAGAAUCGCAAGGUGGAAAUACUCCCACCGAAAAGGGUUCCCGGCAAACCGUAUUCUGGUGGAUAUACUCACAGAAAUCAGAAGGAUUUAUGUACAAAACAGAGGACGUAGUGAUGUUGCAUGGUUUCGGUGGAUUGAUCUACUACAUGGACAUAGGAUUCUAAGACACCCUAUGUGACUCGGGUUACAACGGCGAGGACCUGCUGGUGGUGGACGUGGCCUGGACUUGGAUCAUGAAAUUCUCUUAUUUGAACUUCACGACGCAGGGGACUUUGGUAAAACCUCAUUCAAUAUUGCAUCAACCUAGCCAAUCAAUAUAUGCCUACUUAAUUCUUCCUUUUCCUAUGUUCUAUUGAAUCUCCUUUUCCAGGUUGGAAAUUUGGGAUUAAUAGAGAGUUUCUUUUCACUUCCAGAGGCAAUUAUGUUGAUGUUUAUUUUUUCAUUGCUCCAUAAUCCAAUAUAUCAAUCCAUUUUAUGAUUUUUUUUACCCUUCCAACCCCAAUGACCUUAAAUUGCUUUUCUAAUUUUGUUGGGCAAAGUAGUUUUUCUUUCUACAGAGUUUGUUCAUUGUUGUAUGACUCAAAUAGGUUAUGUUGGAAGAAUUUAUGACUGCUGUCUAUACUGCACUUCCUAACAAGGGUGAAUGGGUGAUGGCUCAUUCUUUCAGUUUCUCCUUUUGCUUCUUUGAUCUAAUUUCAUGUGAAUGUGAUAGUGCCAUAGUGGCACCAAGCAAUAGGACAUAUGUCCCUACUAGGAUUACUUAUGCUUGCCUUUUGUUCCUGAUCCGUAGUACACUAGAGCUUGAUCUUCAUACAUAUAUACUGACUUAGCAUUUCACUAAGGCUUUUAUAAUUUGAUCAAUAAAGCCAGUUUAUACCAAUAAAUCACUAGGACAAACCAAACAAGUAAUUCCUUUUUAUUAACUUAGAGGAACCAUUGUCCAUCUUUGUUUUACAGAUUUUGUUUGAAUGCAUACUCAUAUGCACCCUCAAAUGGGCAGAAAAGCUAAAGAGAUUGAUGGUAUCGGACUAUCCCACAAACAAAACACAAAAACUUUGUUGUGGUUUCUUAGCCUCAUAGUAAGUUCUAGAUUAUAUUUGAGUUUUAACAUGUAUGGUGUAUCUGUUAUAGUCAUCUUCAAUGGGUGUUUUGUGAGGAAAAUUGGUCGUAUUUUAACGGUUGAGUAUAACAGGGGAUAUUAAUGUUACAAAAAAAUGAGUAGGUCAACCAAUAAUGAAAGCCAACUCCCAUAUGUAACAACAAACCAAUAAUAGAUACCUCUAAUUUUUUUUAUUAUAAGUACACGAGAUUCGACAUUUUAGGCUACUACAUGAACUUUAAAACAGUAUUGACUAAUGACAUAUUUGCAGGUUUAGCCGAUCCACGUGAUGGCAGCAACCGCAAAGGCCCCUCAAACCAGAGUAAAAAAGGAGAUGUCAAGCCUAGCCAUACCAUCCCUUCACUCAAAGUUGUCAAGAGAUAACCAGGAUUGCAAAUGCUCGCUUGAGGCAACACCGAGAAGCUACUGGCCACCACAUCAUUGCAAAUUCAAGAAACAACAUAAACAAACAAGAAGCUCAUAACUACUUCAUCCCUUUCCAAUUCCAAAUGACCAAAUCAACAAUUGUUGCAUCUUUCAAUUGUGAACAUUGUCAUCAAACCCCAAAACACUACUGCUAUGUUAACAUAACUUCAUAUUAUUCAUUAGAUUAUGUUUGUGAACCACAACUGCCCCAAAUUACUAUAUUUGGAUAAUGAUAUAUUAUGUUUGAGUGCGUUGUAAUUUAAGCUGAUUAUAUCAAAUUUCGCAAAGACAUAAGGAAAGAGCAGAAAAUAAAUGGCACAAUGGACU